GGGUGAUUCAAAAUUAGAAGGCUUAGAACUUGACGAUAACUUUUUUACAAAGCUUCGUGAUGAAAAUAUCACUGGUGAUGUAUUUCUCAGGCUAACAGGUUGGGAUUUAAAGGAAUACGGAAUGACAUUAAGACAGGCAUUAAAACUUGAGGACUACAUUAAGGGACUGUAUAACCGAGAAGGAGCAUUAGGAGUUUAUCUUCAUGCUUUGGAAGAACAUGAAGCUAGGUUCACGAAACUAGAGCAGAGAGAUAAAGAAAAGACCAACCUUAUUGCCAAAAUGGAUGAUGAUAUCAAGGAAAUCAAACAAUCAUCGGCUAAUGCCAGCUCUGUCAAGAAUCCCAACAAUGUUGUUCGCCUGGGUAAACUAGAAAAGAUGGCAAAGCCAUCAAAUACAUCUGAUA